GACGAUCUGCAGUGAAUCCAGGCUGCACAUCCCGGGGAAAAAAAUAAAAUCCAAACUGCACAUCAGGGCAAAAACAAAAGAAUAAACAAGACUGCACAACAUUAUCUCUUCAUUCAGCUUUCUUAUGACCAUGGUUCUUAUGUAUCUUUGCCAAUGACCAUGGUCUGCAUCGUGGCGCACUAUUCUUACGCCGGAGAAGAACCAACUGCCCUUUUCACUCCCACCACCUGCAACUCUUUUCUUCUCUCACCAAACCCCCUCCCCCAAAAAACUGCAGAUUUCACAUUUUGCCACAGCCAGGUUUUUCUCUCGUCUCCCCAUCUCCUCGAGUAGAAAAACUGGCUUUGACUCUUCGUGUCUGAAUUCUGUGUUCUCAAUUUGAUGGUUUAGCUGCCGAAGGAUAUCUACGGCAAUUGACAAACCUUUCUUUGUCAUGGAAUAUGAUUGUGGAUGAGUGGGACGAGGAUGAAAAGGAGAGCAACAUCAAUCUAUUGAUCAGAUUCUUGCAGAGCAUGUUCGAGAAGGUAUCCAAGCGCGUAAAGAAGACCUCUCGCCGCAUAUUGCCUACAGCCAUCGCCCCAGCCGGGUAUCAGAUACUUUCUUUUUAACCUGGUAAAUGAUCUUACAGCUUCUGCCUGGGGAUGGUAACAGUUUGAAUGUAUUUUCCAUGGUCCAGUUUGCAAGAUUUUUAAAAGAAAGUAUAUCAUUAGUU